CCUUUUCAAUAGUGGCGGAUACUAAGUAGUAGAUACGCAGUCCAGUGCAAGGCGCAAGUUUAAAAGAUGAGUUUUAAAUCAAAAGUUGUUGUAGUUACUGGUUCAAGUGGAGGAAUCGGGGCAGCUAUAGCAAUCGCUUUCGCUAAAGAAGGCGCUGAUGUUGUUGUCAUAGGCAGAAAUGAUGAAAAACUAAAAAGCGUGAAGAAACAAUGCGAAUCUUACGGACGCACCCCACUAGUCUUAAAAGCAGAUGUAUCUAAAGACGAAGAUGCGAAGAAAAUCAUAGCAGAUACGAUUAAAAAAUUUGGUAAACUAGAUAUUUUGGUGAACAACGCUGGCAUUUUGCGGAUGAGUAGCUUCGUUGAAGGCACAUUCAUGAGUAGCUAUGAGGAAGUACAUAAUACGAAUUUACGUGCAGCUGCUCUUUUAUUACAAUUGGCGACUCCACACCUUAUAGCUAGCAAAGGUAAUGUAAUAAAUAUAUCCAGUGUGGCUGGCAGACAGCUGGUUAACUACCAAGGCACAGCCUAUGGUAUGUCGAAAGCAGCGAUGGAUAUGUUAACAAGCGGAGCUGCAUUGGAGCUUGGGAAGUAUGGCGUAAGAGUCAAUACAGUUAGUCCUGGUCCUGUAAAAACUGAUAUAAUAACAAACAGUGUAAAAGAAGGUGAAGUGGCUGAAGAAAUUACUGUUAAAACUGUCUUGAAUAGAUGGAGCGAACCCGAGGAAAUUGCAGAUUUGGUUCUAUUCAUUGCGAGUGAUAAAGCUAAGGGAAUCACAGGGUCUAACUUUACAUCAGACAAUGGAUAUUUGGUCGUGAAGUAAAUGGAAAAGUUAUAAAAUAUUGAUGUGAUUGUAUCAUGAUUGUAUGAUGUACGAUUUUACUAUUUUUGUUACAAUAUACAAAUGAACUAAU